AUGCCGCCACGGAAUUCACCACCGAACCCACCGGAUCCGCGUGCUCUCCUCGGAAGGUACAACAUAUCAAUUGAAGGGCCAAUUCGGCCCCGCGACUGGCCAAGGAAAUAUGCUCCUCUCUUUUCCCUGGUCCGGGAUACCGAGAAGGUUCUGUACGAGGAAUAUGAAGCAGGCUCUGGAAGCGACGACCCGAGACUAUUGCACGUUUCGCGAAUGUGCAAACAAGUGACAAAGCUUGUCUAUCAGGCUUACGGUCUACGGGAGUCCCAAGACAAUGAGUAUACGUGGCGAUCAGCGACGGAGAAUCAGGUUCUCAAGCGAUUUCUGAGAGAUGUCGACUGCCACGUCUGUAAUGAACGUCUUUGGAUCUCGGACUUCCAAGCUGUUCCGUCUUGUCCCAUGGCGGCGGAAAAGCUACAACAAGUACGGGCCGCGAGGAGUCUUUGCCGUUGCAGCAAGGCUAUGAGAGCAAAAGUGAUAAAAAGGGUUUUGCCUCAUCACAAGCCUGAUCGUAUACUUGGAUUAAGAAAGGCCAACGAAAUCAAGGAUUUACUCGAGGCCAACCCUGACAUUACAUCUGCGGUCACUAAAGCUGGCACGGACCUGGUGUUCCCAUUCCUAGUCCUUGAAGCAAAAUCAGAGAAAGAUACGGACGGGUUCGAAGCAAUCGAAAGGCAAACAGCAUUUCCAAUCCGCGCCAUGGUCAACAUCCAGAAGGACCUGGAAAGUGUCAGCGCCGUUCCAGUGGACCCUUUGCGAAUCAUUGAUCUAUGGCACGGCUGUGUUCUUCGACACGACUCGGCACUUCAGCUGUUUUUGAUUAUGGAUUUGGUGUGCGACUGGGCUAGAGAUAUUUUUACAGAACAGGUACUUGGCUCCUUACGCCAGCGUGCAGGCCUUGGGGUUUCUAUCCCUAUGUCUCAGGCCAGCCUGGAAGAGCUGUCCUCCUUCGAGCAUCCUUCAUCCUGCAGUCCUCAUGGUGGCAAUGAAGGUCGAUCAUCUUUAUCUAACCGGAGUACAACGCUCGAGUCUGCCCGGGACUCCAAUAGCGAUGACGAAGUGGCCAUCAAGUCAGAACCCGCAGAUGUUAUGACUUGGGAAGUGCCGAACUCUACCCAUGACAAUACCGAAAAUCCUUGUUCCAGAACUUCCAAUGCCGGCCUCUCAACGGAGUGCGGAGAUGCACCAGAAAUACCAGAAUGGUCCAACACGCCAGACGCUUGGAUGGAGCAUAUAGCCAUAAGAUCGGACAAGGACAUCCAGAUUCAGUUCCGCUCCAUAUCUCUUCCCGAGUCCCCUGACGGAUUAUACCCAUUGAUUAAAGCCAUUGGAAACCCCGACAUUGUUCAUACCGCUCGGAGGCUUUUUGCCCUGUUCAAUCUGGAAGACCCCUUUAUAGUUGAGUCACAUUUUGUCGAUCGACUUCAUCGCAUUUGGGGAAAGCCGCAACUGAAAGUACCCUAUGACGAUAAAUCUCUUCUUUUUGCGAGUCUGAGCUGGCGAACAAGCUUUGACUAUGUAGAUUGGGUAUUGACGAAGGAACUCUCCUGCAUCACAGCCUCAAGGAGGGCCAUAGCCGCGUUAGCCACCGUCGGCCAAGUUUCUGGCGGCCAUCUAUUAACAGUUGGCGGUAUCGAAUCUGCUAUUCUGGAGAAAUAUCUGAUUUACCCUCUUCGUCACCUCCCUUUGAUUGAAAUGGUACACGCCGCAUCCAGAAACCAGUUCCUCCAUCUACAGGCAUGUGAUGGGUUCGCAGACCCUUCAGGAUGGACUGCAGAUGAUGAAAAGGGCGCUUUCUCCAAGUUAUUCUGGGAUUCUCUCGGCUUGAGUCCCGAUGCCUUCUUAGAAUGUACCAGAAAUAUCUACACAUGUGUGAGAGGACGCCCGAAUGUUCUUGAGUUUCGCAACGACGUUAAAAUCCCUCCUCCCCUUCAGGUACCUUGGGUCGCCAAAGAACAUCCUAUCGCUCUUAUCAGAAGGCCGAGCGACAUGGGGGAGUGUAUCGGCCAGGAGUAUUGCAUCUUUGUGCUUGAUCGCGAAGUGGUGCGUUCUCCCACUGAGAUUGCCAGUGCAAUCCUAUCUCUUCUACACGAUGAGAACAGCCGUUUUUAUGGGAGUAAUGAGCCAUUCACUGCGGCUGAUAGGAAGGAUCUGGCUCUUUUGGGAUCUUUCUUCGCAGGAUUGGACCCAGAGCAGUUUGUUUUUCCCUCUUUGUAG